AUGGCUUUGACGAGCCGGCGACAAUCUUUCGAUGGACGUACCAGCCGUGCAUCUACUACCUCCGUACAAUCCAAAGCAUUCGGGCCUCAGACUUUCCAGGGUUCCGGCGACAUGCUGGAUGCUGCUGCUCCAGGAGUCCUUUCUAUGCUCAAAACAUCGACCGAUGUUGGAGACGUAGGUGAAUUUUCGCAUAACACGGGUCGUCUUCCAGCAGCUAUUCGCCCGACCCAUCAACGCAGAAACAAUCCUUCCCGUCUCUCCAAUUCGUCGAAUCACUCAGCAUAUACGUACAACACUAAUCACAGUCGGGUCCCUUCUCAUGGCUCCAGAAAGGCCUUCAAUGCACAUAAUCCUCAGGCAUGGGAUACCGUUUCAGCUAUGUCUGGCGGCACAGGAAAUGGUGUGUCUGGUAGACAUGGCUCUAUGGUCAGUCUUCAGACACUUGCAACAAUGCCACCACACGAGAACAGAAUGCCUUCAAUGCCCCGAGGUCCACCCAGAUCAUCACCCUAUGGACCUCCGUAUGUUCAAGACGGUCGCUCCUACUCCUUGACCCACUCCCAUCAAGCUCCUUCGCUCAAGCCAGCCAAGUCUGUAACGAGUAUCAGAAGUCAGGGAGGUGCACAAUUCCAGCCUCCUCGUCCCUCAUUUGCGUACCCUUCGAGACACAAGCGUCCUGGUUUUCGCACUCCUUCUCCAGCCCUGAGCGACUACACUGGAAAUGCAUACCAACCCUCAUACAACCAAGUCCAUACACUUGAAGUCGAACCCAGAUAUCCGACCGAGCAGCCUUUAGCCUACUAUGGUCCAACCGACCCUGCGCAUUAUUCUCAUCUCGCACAACCUCCAGAGUCAUAUCAGGGCAGGAGCUAUGGACCAGCAUCUGGUAGAGGCAUGCAUCGACCCAACAUACCCAUGCACAACAGUGACUACCCCUAUGGUGCUGCGCCUGGACCAAGGUACACAAACCAACAGCAGCCAACGAUGCCCUUUCCCACGCAGUACAACUUUCAGGAGCCCAACUAUUACGGCCAACAUGGCCCUCCCGUCCAGGCUCUGCCUUCCCUAGGGUAUGUUCCGACAUCAAGAGUGGGCACCCCAGGAUUAGACGCAAUGCCAUCAUCUUCGAGACAAGGCUCAUCGUCCCCACCCUCGAUGAAUCCGCCUACACCCAGAGACACAACUACAGUCCAGGCUUUGAUCGACCCAAAUGUACUUCAGCCCACUCUCAGCGAGCUUCCCGAGGAACAUUCUGAAUACAAGAGUGUCCAAAGCUACCUGAGAUAUACAGAGCAACCUACUAUGUAUGAACUCGAUGCUUCUCAACCUGCCGCCGCCGAACUCGAGGCAGAUACGCCCACUGCGAAACGCACUGGACUGGUACAACGUAUCAGAAACUUGCUUGAAGAUCGUGUUGCAAGUCAAGAACAUUUGACGUCUAGUCAAAGCCAGUCUCAGCAGGAUAUUUCCAAGCUCAUCGUCCCACAACCAUUUCAAAAUUUGAGACAAGAACCCGUCGAGCUAUCUGCCAGCAAGAGAUCAUCUGUACAUGAGCCUGCCGAGCUUGAUGUUCCUCCCAGGAUUACAAGACAGUUAAUUCAGGCCAACACUGCCCCUUCAUCCUCUGAGCACAACACAACGACAUCUCUGGCUCCUGAGGAGACGAUCAAAGCAAAGAGCGACCAACAAACCGUUGAGAAACUUCCAGAAACUCUCAAAAAUGAGGUCCAUGGUGGUGAGAAGACUGGCCAUGGGUUGUUCUUCAACUACUCGGACAAACAGAAGUCUGGUUCAUCAACGCAAUCCAAUGGUGCCGGUUUUGGUGCGCAAAUUACGCUGUCAGAGCCGCUUUCUACGUCUGGUCACACCGAUCAAGUUGGGGCGAAAGUGGACGACAAAACAAAACAACUCAGUGAAGAGCUUGACAGUGGCGGUGUCAGUCCUCUGCGCCCUGAUGAAAGAGUGGUCAGGGAUUCGAUCGUCAGUCCCAUGGCUACUCAAACUCUGCAUAUCAAUUCCCUUCAAGAGCAAUCAAAGACUACAGAUCAGCACCUUAAAACCACGGCGGAAUCACCACACGACCAAUCAUCAAAGCAAAGUUCCGAUGCCACAGAGAUGGCCUCUAGUCUAUCUUUACCAACAGGGCCGUGUCAGACCUUCGAGGCCAGCCCGUCCUCAGACCAUGUCACAGACGUUGCUAUUAAAUUCUCCAUACCACGUUCAUCUGACCACGGCAGAGCUCAGCUGGUUAACCUUAGCAACUUGUCUGAUACCCCGGUUCGAUCUUCGAUGGAGAUCAAGAAGGCUCGUUCUGCUGAGGACAAUAGCUUGCAGGGCUCCUCUCUAUCAAGCAUCGAGAAGGUAGCUCCACUUCGCAUCAGAAGGAUGGAAAGCUUCUUACCAGUUACCGCUAGUACUGAAGGUACGGAUCUUUCCUCGUUCAUCCGUCGCUCAUUUCCGCGCAAGCGAUCAAUGUGGACCACUGCCCAGUCUGAUCCCAAUAGAUCAUCUUGCGAUUCCACAACGGACCUCGGAACCAUGAUGUUCAAGACGCGACCUGGCUAUCUACCUGAUCUCAAUGAGGAUUCUAAGGAAGAUAUAAGCGCCAGGAAUACGAACUUGUCAUACACGGGCCUGAGGCUUUCCAACACGCCGUCAUUACGUCUCAAGUCUUCCCGUGAUGCUGUAGGACGCUCGGAUGAGACAACUCAGCAAAGCUAUCUGCCACCUCGUCCUCCUAGAAUGUCACUUUCGGAGUUAAGAGAGAUUCCAUCCCUAAACUUCAGCCGAAUGGAUCUUUUUGACAAGCUGAAUGAAGAACUUGAGACGCAUAUAUCUCGAUCAUCAAAGUCCUUGGCUGGAGUCAGAGGGGAGAGAAAGUCCGGUACUCGGCGCUCACCACUCCCGCAUCCAGCAUCGACUGACCACAUACGAGAGAGAUAUACGAGUUUCUUCGCCAACUCUGAGAAUUCUGAGACGCUUGAAGAUUCUACUGCUAAAGCUCUUGAUAUACAGAACCCAUCUCAAGCAUUUCCAGAGAAGAAUCAGAAUGAUGCAGACAUUGUGUCCACCAAGUCUUUUGCUCGUUCAGUCAGACCAAUGUCUACAGAGCAGAUGUUGGGCAUGGCUUCGGAAAUCAGCCGUCUUCCAGUGCCAUCUGUAGCUGCGCUUUCAGAGCGCUUGUCGACGCUGCUGCCUACUAUCAAGCACCUGCAUAUCGACUGUGCUCCUGUAGAUCAGACAGCAAUGAAUGAUGCCAUCGAUAGAAUCCACCACCUUGGAAGGCCUGAAGGUGAAGCUGCUGAACUUCUGAGGUCAUCAACGGGUCUUCAUCAGCUAGCUGCCAUCGCAGACAAUAUUGCAACCAACGGUACUCAUGACUCUGCUUUCCUCGAGGUUCAGAAGAGCGGAAGAUUGAUGAAAGAGCUACCUCCUUUGCCAGAGGAUAGUGAGAAGUUCUCGUUGAGUGAUUCUGGUCUUGACCGCAACACUACUCUCAUCACCGAGGGUUUGACGAGCACCUCAGAGCUUGAGUCGCCGAAGCCUGCCUUACUUCGUGGCAAAUCUCUCAGUGUCAUCAACAGCAAAGAUGAGGAUCUGCACCCUGGAUUCGCUUCCAGACAUUCUUUAGUGCUUUCCACACAGAACCCGAGACCUUGGAAUCUCGAGGAGAGUUAUCCUUGGUGUGGCAACAGUCCUGGCAUUAAAAUCGACUUUCCUACUCCAGUACUUCGUCGUCACUCUUCUCCACCCAAGCUCGUUCACAAGCAAAGCGGAGAUUCAAUCAAGACCAAGAGCGAAACGGAAGAGACUCUAGAGCCAGACAGCACUCUUCCUUCUUCGCCUAUAGCCUCAAACAGCGAGACCGUCACUCCCACUGUUUUGACGCUUCACGAUCGUAAAUCUUCCAAGAAGUCACUGAUCGGAUCUUUGUCUCGACGGAUCGGAUUGAGCACGCGCGUGCAGUCUAGUACCACUGUUCGAGAAGGCGCCGUCGCUGGAAAAGCAAGUCCCGGUGACAGAUAUCCGUCCACAAGCCUGCAAUCACCACACACAAUGAAUAUGGAAGACGUGCGAUCUUUCUUCUCGGACUCGACGGAAGAGGAACAUGAUACUGAGCACCGUGGUUCGUUUCGCAAACAGAUCACAUCUUUCCGAGACAAGUCAUCGAAGGUGCCAAGUGGACAUGUUCCUGUGACAUAUUCACAGUCUCUGGACGCCCAAAGAGGCCGGUCUCUGGAUCAAUACGGCCGGCCUUCAAAUGUUCGCACUACCGGCUCACUAUUUGACGACCGCUACACCGAACCUGUCACGCCUCAGAACUACGAUGGCAUGGUCGGUAUGGGCCGAGUUGAGUUUCGUGUGAAGCGUGUCGCCGAACGCUUAAGACACAUGUGGAUGAAGGGCGGCGAGAUAAUUCGUUCUCUCAGUCAUCGCAGCCGCCAUGCCAAAAGGCAGCACAGAGAAAGAGAUGAGUUCGACAAUUGGCUCGCGGACAGCCUCUACUCCCGCGAUUGA